GGAUUCGUCUCCCUUAUUGUCAAGGAGAGGCUAUACCUCUCAGAAUCAUUAGUAGCCACCUUAAUCGGCAUCAUCAUUGGGCCAGUAUGCGCAGGCUUACUAGAUCCUGCGAAAUGGCCCAUGGAGACCCACAAAGUCACGCUGGCGUUCACCGAGAUCGUCAUUGCGAUUCAAGUUAUGGCCGCAUCGAUAGCUUUACCGAGGAGUCUAUGGAAAGACCAACGCGGUAGUCUGGCCAUGCUGUAUGGGCCUGUCAUGAUGUGGAUGUGGCUCGUCUCGGCGUUGCUCAUAUGGCUUAUAUUACCCGUGCCUUGGACGCAAUGCCUGAUCCUCGCCGCCGCACUGGCCCCGACGGAUCCUGUUCUUGCCAACUCACUUAUGACGGGACGGUUCGCUGACAAGUACAUCUCCGUGCCCAUUCGGCAUUUGCUAUCCGGAGAAAGUGCUGCGAACGAUGGACUGGCGGUCCCAAUGUUUCAGCUUGGGAUAUACCUCACCAGCUACCCGACCAAGGAGGCAUGGGGGACUUGGGCCUAUCACGUUGUAUUAUACGAGAUCGGUGUGGGAAUCGUGUUUGGAGCACUCGUCGGUUAUGUGGCCAAAUGCAUGUUGCGAGCGUCCGAAAAGCGCAAUUACAUCGACAAGCGGUCGUUCUUGUCCGUCGAAGUCGCGUUGGCGCUUUUCGUCCUUGGCUUCGCAUCGAUGCUCCAGCUGGCGAGCUUUCUGUCGGUGUUUGCGACUGGGUUGAUUUUUGCUUGGGAUGGGUGGUUCACGGAGGAAACCGAAGAAGCACACGUACAGGAGGUGAUAGAUAAUUUGGUCAACAUGACCUUCUUCAUCUACUUUGGCGCCAUUAUUCCAUGGAGCACAUUCAACCAGUACUACGCGCUUCCAAAGCUCGUACUCCUUUCAGUCCUCCUUCUAAUCCUACGGCGCCUUCCACCAGUCCUCGCUCUCCACCACUACCUGCCCGUCCUUACCCGGCGACCCGCUCUUCUCACCAGGCGCGAAGCGCUCCUCGUAGGCUAUUUCGGGCCCGUCGGCGUCGGCGCCCUGUGGUACGUCAACUACGCAUACGACAAGGGCGCGAUUGGUGAGGAAGGGAUGACGAUCGUCUCGUGGGUCGUGUGGUGCGCGGUGGUUGUGUAUGGGAUCACGGCGGUGCUGAUGCAUGGAUUGGUGCGGACGCUGAGUGUCGUGCGGGUAUAUAGUGGGAGGAGUUUGAAUGGACGGACGUUGAGUUUGCCGUCGGCGAUUAGAGGGGCGCCGAUGUGGCCGAGUAAUGUAAGGGUCGCUGCCGUUUGGUCUUGA